UUCUGAUGAGAACGAAGAGAAACCUGAAGUUAGACUUAUUGCUCGUAUUGCUCCAGAUGAGAAGGACACAACAACUGAACGAACAUCGUCUAAGACUCGCGAAUCUUCCAAACGAUUCGGUUUCUUGAAGCCUGGCAGUCGUAAGACCAAGCAAUCAGUUGAUACUACUACCUAUCCUUCAUCUGAUAAAUAUGACGGACCUCUUGACGACGUUGAACCACUCCGUGACUUGGAAAACCUUCCACUCGAGAACGUUGCCCAAGUUGCUUACUCUCCCAAGAAAACCAUGGCUGUUGAAAGCCCAGUUUCUGAGCCAGAGUCUGAAGAACGUCGUUUCCGUUUGAUCGCAAGAAUCCGCCAUGAAGGCGAAGAAGACAUUGUCGAGAAAGAGCAAGUUCAACCUGAAGCAUAUGGUUUUGCUUCCACGUCUUACGAUGGACCUCUCGAAGAAACUUCUCGUGAAUCAGAUCUUGAUUCUGCUCCUUUGAAGGACUUUACCAAUGUCUAUCAUCAUGGACAAUCUUGGAUCAAGUCCAACAAAGUAGUUGAGCCUUCAGAAAGCAAGAAAAAAGCCAUUCUGCAUCUCAAAGCAGGACCAUCAAUUUCUGAUGAGAACGAAGAGAAACCUGAAGUUAGACUUAUUGCUCGUAUUGCUCCAGAUGAGAAGGACACAACAACUGAACGAACAUCGUCUAA